AAGUACUCUAAUUAAAUAACCUAAAUAUUUAUGUGUCUUUUAAAAAAAAAUUCCAUUACCUGUAAAAAUAAUUCGUUUUCAUAUUUUAACAAAAAAUUGUUCUUUGUCUUAAAGAAAUAUUUGCAUUAAAAAUUGGAUCAUUUGUCAAAAAUAAAUUCCGCAAUUGCCAAUAAAAAAAAGACAGCAGCGGUCACUUUAGAAAUUCCGUUGAAGAGGCUCAAAAAAAAAAAAAAUCUAACAAAAAAGGAUCAUAGGACAAACAUGGCGUUUCCAGCAUUUAAGAGUGUACUUUCAGUUGCUUUGUUAUAUGUUUUAUAUCAGGGUAAUAAUGAAUAUGAUGUUCAUACAAUAUCGGAAUGGAAAAAUUCUAAACGGUCAAGAAAUUUGGCCGAAUUUUUUCCCCAGAAAACGGGAAUAAGUGGAGAAAACUACGGGAAUAACGAACACGCACAAUAUGGCAACGCAGGGUUGCAAAUAACAAAUUAUAACAAAAGUAGAGUAUCAAAUGUCAUGGACUUAUUUCAAGAUGUAGAUAUAACAGGUAGCAGUUGGGAUAAUUAUUGUUCACAAAAUGAAAAAUUUGACAGCCAGUACUGGGAAAAUCAUGAAGACCCCUUUGAGCAAGCUUCCACCUCUGUACCGGAAGCAUAUGAAAUUCCAGAAGAAGAUUCUUCUAUAAAAACAGCCCCUACAAGUAUUAAAAAAAAUAAGAAAAAAUCUAAAGGUACCUCUAAAACACGUAAUAGUCAAAAAAAAAAAAAUCCCGUGGAAGGUAGAAACACUACACAUAAGACAGAAAAUCAAAAAUAUAAAGUUCAAAUAAUUGAUUCUCGCAGUACAAAUAGUACUAAAACUAAUGAAGGACGUGACACUUCUAAAGAUCUUGCAAAAUUUGAAAAACAAUUAUCCCAAAAACAAUUAAAACAUAUCAUUAAAAAUUUAAAUGAAAUCAUGACCACUGGAGAAAUAAUUAGUAUAUACAACCAAGUUACAGCAAUGGAAAAACAAAAAUUUUAUGAGGUACUGAAAAAUUUGGCGAUUUUUUGGGAAGAUUUAACAAAAGAGCACUGUAUACCACAUGAUUUUGUAGCUAGAAAAUGGACUAACAUUUAUAGGGAUCUAACAUACGAUUUAAUUGCAUUAGAAGAAGAAUUACACGUGUUUGCAUUGGACUUAAUCAAUGACAACACGUAUACAAAUUUCAUCUUUGUUGAUGUUAUAGAUAAAAUUCAAUUUCAUUGGGAAGAAUUUAUUUUUAAGAAGGAUAACGAUACCAAAGAAUACUUCAGAAAAAAAAUAAAAGAAUAUUACAAAAAAACACAUAAUAUUUCCUGGUUUUAA